GUCAGAGAGUUGAAGUCUCAUUCUUCCUUUUGUAUUCAAGAAUUAGGUAUCAGUUUUUACACAUCAAAACUUUAGAACUCACAUAAUGGUGAUUUUGAAAUAAAUGUUAUAAUCUAACAGCCAUUGAUUAAUUUAACUUGUGCUUUAAAUUUGAUAGAAAUUUCAGUACUAAUUAAUGCUUUAUUAUCACAUACAGAGUGAGGAUGACUUUGCUGAGAAGAUGAGAAGCAAUGAAAUACUACAGCGAUCUAUCACCACCUAUGGUGAAGUGGCCAAUCUGCCAAAUGUCCCUGAUGUUCUAGUAAAGAUGACACUGAAACGGCGGGCAGACAGGCAGCAGUUUCUUGGUCGCAUGAGAGGUUCGUUAGUUACACUACAGAAACUGGUUGACCUGUUUCCUAAUGAUACUUCAUUCAAGAACAACCUUGGAGUGGGUUAUCUUUUAAUUGGAGACAACAACAAUGCCAAGAAGAUUUACCAGGAGGUUCUAAGCCUGGCUCCUAAUGAUGGGUUUGCGAAAGUUCAUUAUGGAUUCAUUCUGAAGUCAGAGAACAAGAUUGAAGAAAGCAUUCCUUAUUUGAAAGAAGGUCUAGAAUCAGGCGAUCCUGGCACUGAUGAUGGCCGCUUUUAUUUUCAUUUGGGUGAUGCCAUGCAACGAGUUGGAAACAAGGAGGCAUACAAGUGGUAUGAACUUGGGUACCAACGAGGUCACUUUGCAUCUGUCUGGCAGCGUUCUCUGUAUAAUGUCAAUGGCUUAAAAGCUCAGCCAUGGUGGACAGCAAAGGAAACUGGUUAUACAGAACUGAUCAAGUCCUUAGAAAAAAACUGGAAGGUGAUCCGGGAUGAAGGACUUUCUGUAAUGGAUAGAAGCAAGGGCCUCUUUCUUCCAGAAGAUGAAAAUUUACGAGAAAAGGGUGACUGGAGCCAGUUUACUCUGUGGCAGCAAGGGAGAAAAAAUGAGAAUGCCUGCAACAGUGUUCCAAAAUCGUGUGCCUUAUUAGAACGUUUCACAGAAGCCACCGGAUGCCGAAGAGGGCAGAUCAAGUAUUCUGUCAUGCACCCCGGGACUCACGUCUGGCCUCACACAGGACCCACUAACUGUAGGUUGAGGAUGCAUUUAGGCUUGGUCAUUCCUAAAGAAGGCUGCAGGAUACGGUGUGCUGAAGAAACCAGAUUCUGGGAAGAAGGGAAGAUUCUCAUUUUUGAUGAUUCUUUUGAACAUGAAGUAUGGCAAGAUGCUAAUGCUUAUCGGCUGAUAUUCAUUGUGGAUGUCUGGCACCCAGAGUUAACAUCACAACAGCGACGCACCCUACCAGCUAUUUAAGUAGUCUUGAAGUUUUUCCCUU